UUUGAAACGAAACUCUGUAAGAAAAACGCCUCUAUUAAACGGAAGUGAUAUAAGCGGCCAACAGUGAUAAGGGUUAUAAGGGGUUUCCCUACAAACGUGGCGUUGUUUACGAGCGAGGACUGUAACUGACAACAUGUGCGGAAUAUUUGCAUACCUGAACUACCUGGUUCCUGCCAAACGGAAGGAAAUUUUGGAUAUCCUUGUCAAUGGAUUGAAACGAAUGGAAUACAGAGGUUAUGACUCUGCAGGAGUUGGAUUUGAGGGAACCAAUACAAAAAAUGGAGGCUUUGAACUUAAAACAAUCAAACAGAAGGGAAAAGUAGCAAUGCUACAGGAGGAAAUUGCCCACAGCACAGACCUUGACUUUGAGAAAGAAUAUGACAUCCACAUAGGAAUUGCUCACACCCGCUGGGCCACGCAUGGAGAACCAAGUCCCACAAAUAGCCACCCCCAAAGGUCCGAUACCACCAAUGAAUUCCUUGUUGUGCAUAAUGGCAUCAUCACAAACUAUAAAGACCUAAAAUCAUUCUUGAUCUCCAAGGGAUUUGAAUUUGAAUCUGAGACAGACACAGAAGUAAUUGUGAAAAUGGUCAAACACAUCUAUGACAAAAAUCCCAGUAUUUCCUUCCGAGAAUUAGUGGAACUCACUAUUCAGCAGCUGGAAGGGGCUUUUUCACUGGUAUUCAUGAGUUCUAAAUAUCCAGGAGAAUGUGUCUCAACCAGGCGAGGCAGUCCACUUGUUAUUGGUGUCAAGAGCAAGGCCAAGCUGUCUACAGAUCACAUCCCUAUCCUGUAUAGCAAAGAACCAAAUCUUUCGGAAAAGAAAGGAGGGGACCUGUCCACAGAUUCGUCAGGAGGGGACCUGUCCACAGAUUCGUCAGAUCACCGGGGGUUAAUGAACCCGUCCCUCCAUCACACGGACAGUACGACAGAAUUCCAUCCAAUAGGAAACAAGGAAGUGGAGUAUUUCUUUGCUUCGGAUGCCAGUGCAAUAAUCGAACACACCAAUCAGGUGAUAUUUCUGGAGGAUGAUGAUGUAGCGGCUGUACAAAAUGGUUGUCUUACCAUUCAUCGAAUCAAACGUACCCUGGAUGAAUCAACAACACGUGAAGUGACCACCAUCAAAAUGGAGAUCCAACAAAUCAUGAAAGGAAGCUACAGCUCGUUCAUGCAGAAGGAGAUCUUUGAGCAGCCAGAGUCAGUGGUAAAUACGAUGAGAGGGCGUGUGAACUUUGACACAAAUCGAGUUGUUUUGGGUGGAAUCAAAGACUUUAUGGUUGAGAUCAGAAGAUGUCGAAGACUUCUAUUUAUAGCUUGCGGGACGAGCUAUCACAGUGCAGUAGCUACAAGGCAGCUGAUGGAAGAGUUGACAGAACUCCCCGUUGUGGUGGAAUUAGCAAGUGACUUCUUGGACCGGCAGACACCAGUGUUUCGGGAUGAUGUCUGUUUUUUUAUCAGCCAGUCAGGUGAGACAGCAGACACUCUGAUGGCCCUGCGGUACUGUAAACAGCGGGGGGCAUUGAUUGUGGGGAUCACUAACACAGUGGGCAGCAGUAUUUGUCGUGAAUCUCAUUGUGGCGUACAUAUUAAUGCUGGACCAGAAAUUGGAGUGGCCAGUACAAAGGCGUAUACCAGUCAGUUUAUCUCCCUUGUGAUGUUUGCUCUUGUAAUGUGUGAGGACAGAAUCUCAAUGCAGGAAAGGAGAAAUGAAAUCAUUCGGGGACUCAAAAACUUGCCAGAUCAAAUUAAGGAGGUUUUGAAGACAGACGAACAUGUGCACACUUUGGCCAGAGAGCUGUACCAACAGAAGAGCUUGCUGGUGAUGGGGAGAGGAUAUAACUAUGCCACAUGUCUAGAGGGAGCUCUGAAAAUAAAAGAAUUGACCUACAUGCACUCGGAGGGUAUCCUAGCAGGAGAGUUGAAGCAUGGACCCCUGGCCCUAGUGGAUAAAGCCAUGCCAGUCAUGAUGGUAGUGACCAGGGACAAGGUCUAUCCAAAAUGUAUGAAUGCUCUGCAACAGGUCAAGGCCAGACAUGGGCGUCCCGUUUUACUUUGUACCAAGGGAGACACAGAAACACAAAAGUAUGCAUAUAAUUAUGUGGAGGUUCCCCCAACGGUAGAUUGUCUUCAGGGGGUACUCACCGUAAUCCCCAUGCAGCUGCUCUCUUUCCAUAUAGCGGUACUGAGAGGAUAUGACGUGGACUGUCCGAGGAACCUCGCUAAAAGUGUGACUGUGGAAUGAACGAAAUAAAAAAAGGUGGAUCGUCCUAGAGGCUUACUGAAGACUUACACAUUUUAGGAAGAAAACAAGUUGGUCACAAAUUAAUCAAGGUCAGAGGUUAAGGUCACAUUUUUUGAUGACAGUGUGGGGGACCAAAAGGAAUUACCAUAAACUGUGUAUGAAAAAUGCUGUAUAUAACACUGUAUGAUUAUAUUGUGAUGUAAUUAUGGAGCUUGGACACUAGAUCUGCCUAAGAAUUAUGAUUUUAUGUCUGGAUUCACAUAUCAGUAUUUGUCUAGAAUUCAACAUAUUUGUCAAAUAAUUUAAUAACCGGUAUUUCAUUAUAUAAUGUAAAAAUAUGUGGCAUUGAACAUCAACAUUAUGUUUUCUGAGUGGACUUUUGUAGACAAUAUGUUACCUAGCUAUGCUGUUGCAAUUUUUUCUGUUAUUUUUUUUGUACGUUUCACUACAUACAAGAUAUGUACCAUUAUAAUCUGUUAUUUUUUCCCCAUUUUUGUUUUUAUAUGUGUAUUUUAUUUAUUCUUUUUUCCUUUUCUUUGAAUUUUAAGAGACUUUUAUUAUUUCCUUCAUAAUUUUGUUAGAUCUUAAAAGAAAACCAAAUAUUUUACAAACUGUUUACUUAUUAAUAUGUAUUCUGUUAGAUCUGUUCAAUUUCUCUUGAAUAAGAAUUUUCAGACUUGAUUGUAAAGCAAAACAAAAUGUAAAUCUGUUGAAAUGUAUAGUUUAAAAAAAAAUGAAAAAUACCAAUAUUAAAGAUAAAAGAGCUUUGUUUAUAUGUAAACAAAUGUGAUGUAACUGAUAAUAAUAUGUGAUAAAGUUAUGUAAAUUUAUCACACUAUAAAAAAACUCUUUGAUCCUAUUAGAUAGGAGAUUUAGAGAAUGUUUACCAAAAGAACAUUUACACAUGGCCUAUAUUUUUCUUCAUCUGGUUUUCCUAAUAGACAAUCUUUUGACAUGAUCACCAUGCAUGGCCUUAUAAAGUAACUAGUCUUUAAUGCAAAAUCAGGAAAAUUUAGAUGCAUUUCUUUUAGUAUUUGGCAAGGGAUGCUAUGAAUUUUUUAUUCCAAUUGGAGAGCUUUUGUAGAAUGAAGAUGUAUCAAAAUCAUUUACAUAUAAUCGUAUUUCAGUAUAAAUAAUUAAAAUCAGGUCAACAGUCAGGGUUUGUUCGACAAUCAGAAAAAAACUCAACAAAUUUUGGAUAGUACACUAUCUCUAUGUUACCUUUUAAAGUAGCCAGUGUACACUGUAGUGAGAAUCGUAUUAUUUUUCUUCAGAAAUUUCUCUUUAACCUCAGUGUACAUUUCCUUGUGUACUGAAUAUCUUUAGAGGUUGAUUUAUUUUGAUUCAGUUAAAACUGAUUAUGUAGUUGAUCUUAUUAUGAUUUAUGGGAGAUAUGCAUCACUAUAUAUUGUGUUAAAAAUUAUCAUAGUACAUGUAAUUAUAUAUUGCUUACCCUGUGGGAUCUGCUGUAAUAAAACCAUAGAAUGUUUUAAGCAUCUAAGCUAUGUGAACAAAACAUUGAGGGAAAAUACAGGAUAAAAACAC